AUGUCCGCGACCGAGGCUCAGAACGGGGCCGCUGCCCCCGAGGUCGUUGCCGAGCAGGCCGUCGCCCAGCAGGAGGUCGAGGCUGCCGCUCCCGAGGCCGCCGAGGAGCUCCAGACCAUUCCUCCCGUGGUUGUUCGUCUGCCCCAGCCCAACAAUGCCCGCACGCUCCCCAAGCCUGUUGGCGACGAGACCUACUCGAGCCUGACCCUCCUCUCGCAGCCCUCCGAGACUGUCCAGGAGCUCAAGCUUGCCGUGUCCGAAUGGGUUGGUGGCUACUGGCUCGGCCCUUACUCGCUCCGCCUCCCCGGCUCGCCUGCCGAGGCUCUCUCGCAGUCCAAGGACGGCAUUGAGAUCCACGCCGGCGAGAAGCUCUCCGAGUGGCUCGAGGUCGGUGACGUCUUUGCCCACGUUCCCGAGGGUGACGAUGAGCGUGUUCUCGAGGUUGUCAAGGAGCCCUACACUGAGGCUUCUGCCCGCCAGGCUGUGAUCCGUCUUCUCGACUACAUUGAGCCUGCCGGCACCUCGGUUCACACUCUCUCGACCCCUCUUGGCAUUGCUCCCGGUGCGACCAUUUUCGAGUCUGUCCGUGACGGUGCUGUUUCCGGCGAGGAGGCUGUUGUCGAGGAGGCCCAGAAGAAGAAGGCCAAGACUGCCGAGGCCGGCGCCGACGAGGACAAGGAGAAGAAUGCCUUCUCCGACUGGACCGAGUGGCCCUCGCUGCCCCUCUCCAAGCUGCCCGUUGCGCAGAACCCCAUCCAGGUUCAGCCCUGCCUCCGCGCGAUCCAGCUUUCGCCCUUCAACCCCCCUCCUGCCCACCUCCGCCAGCAGGGCCACCAGCUCUACCUCCAGGUGUCCAUCCUCGAGGGCGACGUCUACACUCUUGUGUGCACUUCGCGCGGCUGGUACGCUUCCAAGUCGAACGUCAACAACUUUGACGCUACCCCGCGUGACGGCUCGGCUCCUACCCACAGCCUGAUCGACCUCCUCCACUCGCUCUCGCCUCUCUUCUCGGAGCGUCUCUUUGCCCUCCCCUCCCUCUCGUCGUCGGCUCCUGCUCUCGACCCCCUCUCGACCGUCGCCAUCCCCCAGGCCGAGCCCGCUUACCCCUGGAUCGCCCCCGCUCCCAAGCCGGCCACCGUCCCCGACGUUCUCCGCACCCAGCUGGCCUACCUCCACACUGGCGCCACUGUCCCCGAUGCCCUCGACAGCGCUCGUGACUGGAACGAGGAGAUCCAGGGCGUCAAGGAGCUCCCCCACGCGACCAUCCAGGAGCGUGUGUUCCGCGAGCGCAUGGCCCAGAAGACUUGGUCCGAGUUUACCCAGGCCUCGCUCCGUGCCGUUCUCGCCGUUGCCCGUGGUGACAUUAUUGCUCUCAACCCCAACGAGCCCUCGCGCUCGCACAUGUGGCUUGCGUCCAACAUCUUUGUUACCAAGGCCAUCGACUCGAUCGACGCCUACGCCCACAUUGGUGGUGACGCCGCUGCCCACGUCUCGCACGCCAAGGACGCCGAGGGUGUCCGCCUCCUCAACCGUCUUGACGUUGACGGCGCCUACCUCCUUGGCCACACUGUCGUCGACUGGCAGGGUGACCGCUGGGUCUGCCAGUCGGUCCUCCCCGGUAUCUUUGCCCGCCGCGAGCCCACCGACGCCGCCCCCGCUGCCGCUACAGAGGAGGGCGACAAGAAGGAGGACUGGGUCAAGGUUGACGCCGAGAACCCCGAGCAGCCCGCUGCCAACCCCCUCAUCAUCUACGGUGUCGACUCGGAGCAGACCGCCACUCUCCACUGGGACGAGGCUACCCACGCCGUCAUGGAGAAGAUUGCUUCGCACCAGCGUCUGGCCGCCCACAAGGUGUCGGCCGGCGGCGAGGAGAAGGAGUUUUACGCUUCGUCCGAGGUCAAGGGCCUCCGUGGCUCGGAUGGCCGUCGCUACCUCCUCGACCUCCCCCGUCUCAACCCCGUUGACAUUGAGUGGAUUGAGAAGGACUACGCCGGCAAGCUCGCCGGUCCCGAGAAGGAGGCCGACGCCCCCGUCUACCCCCACCGCAUGACCCUUCUCCGUCCCGAGCUCGUCGAGCUCUUCUGGGAGUCGGAGCUCAAGCGCUGGGCUCGCCAGGUCGCUGCCGACCAGGCUGCCAAGAAGAAGGCCGAGGAGGGCGACAAGACCGAGGGCGAGGAGACCAAGGAAGGCGAGGAGAAGAAGGAGGAGGCCGCCGAGGCCGAGCCCAUCAUCGACGCCUCUACCAUUGCCACCCUCAAGGACUUUGAGCUCCGCUUCAACCCCGACGCGUUUGUCGACUCGCUCCCCGAGGACGGCGCCGAGGGCUUUACCGCUGCCAAGUACACUGACGAGUCGGACGCCUCGAUCAAGGCUGUCCGUGACGCCUCGGUCUUCCUCCGCACCAUUGCUGUCCCCGCCGUCGCUGUCGACGUCCUCACUGGUGCCGCCUCGGGCAUCAUGGACGGUAUCUCGCUCACCCGCCACCUCCACGCCCGCGGUAUCAACAUGCGUUACCUCGGUCACCUCGCUGCCGCCAUUGACGGCUUCUCCAAGAACGAGAACCAGGUCGGCGGCCACCUCGCUGCCCUCAAGGACAUUGUCCUCCACGAGAUGGUGUUCCGUGCCGCCAAGCACGCUCUCCGCCGCAACGUCCGUGACCUCCUCCCCGAGCACGUCCCCGCUGCCGUCUCGCACUUCCUCAACUGUCUCCUUGGCACUGGCCUCAACGCCUCGCCCAAGGCCGUCUACGAGCGUGCCGACGUCGGCCCCACUGCCGAGCCCGCCUUUGUCUCGCUCACCCCCGAGUCGCUCCGCAAGGAGAUCAUCGCCGAGAUUGAGGUCCGCUUCCGCUGGAACCUUGACGAGGCCUUCCUUGUCUCGGGCCUCCGUCGCCCCCAGCUCCUCCGCGAGCUUGCUUCGCGUUUCGCCUUCCAGGUCGUCCAGCGCGACUAUGCUUUCGAGGCCUCUGCCGAGGCUUCCAGCACUGACAGCGACAAGGAGAACCGCCAGGCUGCUGCCGCCGCUCCCAAGGACAAGAAGUCGAAGAAGUCGACCAAGUCGGCUUCGGCCCCUGCCAAGCGCACCACCACCUUUGAGGCUGCCGACAUUCUCACUCUCCUGCCCAUUGUCCACUCGACCGCCCCCAGCGUGUCGGUCGCCGAGGAGAUCUUCGAGGCCGGUCGCAGCACCAUCAACCGUGGCCAGAUUGACAUGGGUCUCGAGUUUAUGCUCGAGGGUAUCCAGUUCUACGAGUCGAUCCACACCGUCAUCCACCCCGAGGUUGCCGCCGCGUACAACCAGUACGCCUCGACUCUGCACCAGCUUGCGCGCAUCAAGAUCCAGCAGAUUGCCCAGCAGGAGAACGCCGACCCCGAGCAGCCCCUGGGUCUUGACAUUGCCACUGGUCUCCGCCUCCAGCGCCAGGCUGUCAUCAUUGCCGAGCGUACCCUUGGUGUCUACCACCCGGACACUCUUGCCUACUACUUCCAGCUCGCCAUGCUCGAGAACCUCGAGGGCAAUUCGCAGGCCUCGCUCCGCUACUUCCGCCACAUCCUGAUGCUGUGGGACGCCAUCUACGGCGGCGACCACCCCGAGGUCAACACCAUCCUCUCCAACGCUGGUAUCGUCCUCCAGGCGCUGCAGGAGAACACCUUGUCUAUUGCCCUCCUCGAGCAGACCGCCACCCGCACGGCCAAGCAGUUUGGCGAGAACCACACCCAGUACGGCGGUGCUCUCCACCAGCUCACCCAGGCCCACUUCCUCGGCGGCGACUUUGCCAAGGCCCUCGACUCGUCGACCAAGGCCUACGAGAUCUUCAAGGUCGCCUACGGCGAGGAGCACGCCCAGACCAAGGAGGUCGGCAAGAACGCCGAGCUCCUCAAGGCCGUCGUCGACAACGUCGAGCGCCAAAAGGCCGCCCAGGAGCAGGUCCGCCAGCAGCAGCUCGACCGCCUGCACGCCGCCCAGGCCCGCCCCGCCGUGCCCGUCCCCACCACCGUCACCGGUGCCAAGGGCGGCAAGCGCGUGCUCGGCGCCGCUAACGCGCAGGCUGCCCAGGCCGCCGUUGCCGCCGUCGCUGCCGCUGCCGCCAAGGCCAAGGCCGAGGCCGGUGAGGGCGCCGAGGGCGAGGACGCCAGCGCCGGCGCCGCCGAGCGCGGACAGAUGGACGUCGACGAGCUCGUCAAGUACAUCCAGGGCAACGUGCCCGUCAAGCCUGCGCGCGGAGCCAAGAACAGCCUCCGCGGCAAGCGCCGUACCGGUGCCAAGCGCUAA